CUAUCAGUUAUCGUAUCCUGUAUUCGAGUCCGGAGAUGCAGUCUAUGACUCGACUCGAAUCGUUGCAACUGGGCUUGGACAUGCAUGAGCGCCCAGAUGGUGAGGAAGAAUUUCCUCCAACAUUUUGGGAAUCCGAAUCACAUACUAGUGAAUAUCGGAUUCGUCGCGGAGGGUAUGUGAAGAACAUGGCGAGAUUUGAAUGGUUGAGAGGUCCUGAAAAUGGUGGGCAAGAACAGCGGAGCGAAGCUGAGCGGGAGAAGUGCUCGAGGAGUGGUAUGAUAUUGAAUUAUGCAAAUGGGGAAGUAUUCAGUGAUGGUCUUAGCUGGAAGGCGAUAGUGAGGCAUCUGUCUACUGAGGUCCCGACUACUCCUGUGUUGGCUUUGCGUGAUCACGACGAUGAGGUUCUCUACGCUGAGUUCAGUCCGUGUGGGAAAUUCGUUGCAACAGCAAGUCGGGACGGAUCAUGCGCUGUUUAUGCGCUGUUCGAUCCCCUCACGGACGAUCCAGCCGAUAUUGAUUUCGAUCGAACAGUAUGUUAUGACUUCCUGGACUUAUCACAGUCGUCUCCCGGGUUACCGCAAGUGAUGAUGGACACUUCUACUUGGAGUUGGGCUCGGGACCGAUCGAUGGCCACUCGAAUGCUAUGUCGAUUACAUUGCGGAUCUGCGAUGCAGACCCGCGGGGCCUCUCAGGACUCCACGGAGAAGCUUUACCCCGGCCGAAUCACAUGGGCGCCAGAUUCAAGUUCGCUGUUGAUUGCCUCGACUGGACCUGGCUUCUGGGUCGACUUGAAAGCCUUGCUGGUGGGCCGUGGACCACCGAGACUUAUCAGUGUAGUUCCGCAAGCCCUUGGAGACGUGUACGGCGGUUUUAUGUUUUAUCCGCCUCGUGAUGGUAAUUGUGGCAUCAACGUUGAGGAUUUCGAAGGAAGAAUUCCCCUAGAUGAUCGACUGUGUAUAGUGUCGAGUAGCCGUAUAGUGCCAGCGAUCGAUCGUGAGACUGGUGUUGCGAGUCUUACCCAACGCUUUGAGAUUCACGCCAGAGGAGCUACUGAGCUAACAGCGAGGUCUUCGUCGUCGCCGGCCGCUGUCUUUGACGUCAAUCUCGGUCGACAAGCUUUGAUAAGAGCGAUAUCAGUUGAUGCUGAGCGGGAGCUCAUGGUUGGUCUCACCGGAACUAAACUGACCAUUAUGGAUCAAGUUGUCCUAAUCGACCUCAAACAUGGCAUGUCCAUAAGCGAACCAUUACCGAAAAGUACGCGGUUUCCUGUGAGACUGUCUUCUCCCGCAGUGAAAAUAAUAGAUUUCUCUCAUAGUGCAUGUUGUUUAGCAUGUCGACUUACUCCUUCUGGCCAGGGACUGCUCAUCAACUUGAGAAAAUUUGCCAACCAAGAUUUGACCGAGCGUUUUUAUGAGGACCCAUCGGCACUACCAAGCUUAGCACCAGACCUUGACAUAAACAUGGAAGCAGUGCUCCUACCCGUUUCACUUGACAACGAUGGUCCCGCUAGUGUAGAUCGUCAAGGAGUUAUUGUGAUGAAAGGGCAUCAUGCGUAUACUACUAAGAGUAGUCCUUUUAUGAUAAUGCCUGAUGGUAAGUGA